AUGGCGUGUGUCCAGCCAGAGCUGGGGACCGAGGAGGCGAUGGAGGCCCCUGGCUGGCUGGGAGGGGUUCCCGGGGAGGGCACUCACCGAGCUGCCAGGUCCCACUGUGACAGGCAGGGGAGGCUGAGAAGGGCCAUCCUAGACCGUUCCCUGAGCCUGCCCAGACGCCAGCUCAGCCGCCCCCCGCCACAGCACUGCCAGCCCCGGAGCUACAGCUUCCUGUCUGCCCUGCGGGGAGAAGGAGGCCCCAGGGUCAGUCUGGCAGGGGCACGGGACAGACAGACAGCCACUCGCCUCCAGUGUCUGUCCCUUGCCCAGGCACUGUGCCUCCUCCUGCUGGGGUCCCCCCAACGCACCCCUGCCCAGCCUGCGUGCAGAGAGGAGGAGUUCCCGGUAGGCUCUGAGUGUUGCCCCAAGAGCAGUCCAAGUUUCCAUGUGAGGCAAGUGUGCAGCGAGGUGACAGGCACUAAGUGCUCGCCCUGCCCUGCUGGGACCUACACCGCCCACCCCAAUGGCCUCCGGCAGUGCCUGCGCUGGCAGGACUUCAUUCCCAUGGCUGCAGAUACACAGAAGGGGGUCCAGCUCCUGACUGGGGGCAAAGGUCCAGGACAGCAGACAGACGGGCGACGCCGGGCCUCUGGCUGCUCCAGGUCCCCACUGGUAGGCGAUCCGGGCCAGGGCUCAGCACCAGUCCUCUGUAUCCCUGCGGGACAGCAGCUUGGAGCCUGUGGUGCUCAGGAAGAGGCUGGGAGGACAGUGGGGGCCCAGUGCACAGCUGUGUGGUCCCUGUGGUGGAGGAGCUCCAGCACCCAGGAUGCCGCGUGUGACUGUGGCCAAGGCCACUUCUGCAAGGCCCAGGAAGGGGCCUGUGUCCUGUGCGAGCCCCACACCACCUGCCACCCUGGCUGGAGGGUGAAGGAGAGACGUGAGCUGUGCCACAUUCACCCUCACCCCAGGGCCCUGGAUGCCCCAGGGAAGGGGAAGGCACAGGCCAGCCCAGGUUCUCCUGUCCCAGCCCUGUCCUCCGAGGAGGGGCGGCCGGGAGGGGCCUGGCCUGGAGGGAAAGGAGCCCUGGCCACUCUGACGGGGCUCGGACCUCGAGUCUCCUCACUUCCGCUCAGGUGCCGGGGAGGGGCUGAUGGGGCAGCUGGUGGGCAGUGCCAGUGACCACUGAGUGGCAGUGUGACCCAGGGCCGCUAUCCCUUCCCUGCCAGCACCAAGGCAGGACCGAGGCCCAGGAGGUGCCGACUGCCUGCCUGGGACCUUCUCGCCCAAUGGGACCCUGGACCAGGUAAGGGAAGCCCGAGCCCUGGACGCCGCCCCCUGCCCAGCAGAAAGGGUUGCAACCCCCCAACCCCGGGCGGCACCAGGGUCCCAGCCAGUACCCAGUGAGCAGCCCGGGGAGCUGGGGCCACAGCGGAUCUGCCCCUCCUGGAGGCUCCGGUGGCUCCGGAUCUGCGGGGAGGGGCUGCCCGCCCGGGUUCGGAGCCGUCUUGGCUUCCUCGACUCCUGCAGCCCCUGCUGGUCCCUCCUCCCUGCCCUGCUGGGCUCUCCGUCCUCCUCCUGCUCUCUGUGUCCCCAAAAUGGGGAGCAGCAGGGCACACGGGAGGCCACAGCCAGGCUGCUGACCAGAGCUGCCCUCAACCUCGGCCCCUGGUGCCCCUGUGCCAGGCCGGCAGGCCCACGUCCUCCCUCCCAGGUGCAGUGGGUGGCUUCAGAGGGAAGCAGAACCGGGGACCAGCAGCAAGGAUGGCACCUGCUCCCUUGUGGCGUCUCUGUUCUUGCGUCCUGCAUGGUGACCGUCGGCACCCUCACUCUGGCGGGCGUUCUCUCAGCCCUCUGGAUACGGAAGAGAAGGAAAAGGUCGUCGGGGGGAGAGGCAGGAAGGAGCGGAGGAGCCCGCAGAUCCUGAGGCCCUGCAACCCAGGCCCUAUGUCACCACCGUGGCUGUGGAGAAGGACCCCCACCGCUGAGCACCAGCUCCAGCCUGACCACAGCUUUCCUGAGCCAGAAGCCCGUGACAGCGCCUGGUCCACUCCAGUCUGUUUUCUCCAGAGUCUUCCCAAGUGUAAAAGGUGAAACCACUGAGUGCAACCUGGAGCUUUCUGACCUGACCCUGGUCUGUCAGCACCAGCGACAGGCUGGCACCAGCCUGCGAUGGACCAGGAACCUUCCGGCAUGGAUGAAGCCACUUCUGACCGAAGCGUCUUAUGAUCCCCUGCUUCUGACCUAGGUCUUGGGCAUCUGCUGCCUGGCGCCAAGAGUCUGUCCCUCAGCCCCAGUCACUUCCAGUCCUGACUCUGUACCUUCUGUCUUGGGGCUCCUCGGGAUGCUUCCCGGAACAUCUCCUCCUAACAGAGUUUCAGGUUCCUAAAGGAGUAUCCCGCGGCGGGAAGGAAGGCGUCUAGCACGUGCUCGGCCCAGCUCCCCUCUCUCGGUGUCCACAGAGCCAGGCGACUGGAGACCUCAAGACAGACGCCAGUGUGGCCCUGCGGCAGGCCCCGGCUUCCCUGAGGCCUUUCUUGGUUCAUGGAGCACGUGGCUCAGGGGGACUUCAGUAGCAAUGCACCCCAGGGACCCCAGAUGCUGGGAAAUGGUGGGGCACGGUGCUGGGAGUUUCGAGGAGGUCCAGCCUGGAGCUCCUGCUGAGCCUCAGUUUGUUGGUCUGGAGGAUGGGCCCGGUCUACCUUGCAGAGCUGGGACUGCUCUGGGGUGGCCAUGAAUGUGGCCUUCAGUGACUCCUGUUCGGAGUGACUUACUAAAUUGCAGUUUCUUCCUUCCUUUUUUGUAUUUGUCAUAAAAUAUAUACACUUGUAUUUGU